UACUUUAUAAUAAUUUUUCAAUGACUGUUUCACUGGUCAUCGUUUUAACAGCUGAUUCGAGAAGGAGCAAGUAGAAUUGUCAAAAUAUCAUUGAAAGAAUUGUACUCUGUGUUUUGUUUGAUUUUCUGACUUUAAGUGCCUUGGAUAUUGUAUACGUUGUAAUACUAAACGCAAAUAUGUACUGUCGACGCAAAUGUCUUGGAGGAAAUGAAGCUCCGAUAAAAAUUGAGCUGUGUUACAUGUACACCCUUCAGCUUUAUUUUCGUCUUUUAUCGUGCCACCUGUGAAUUAUGAUACAUUGAAUGUUAUAACUUUGACAAUGACCGACAACGAUAAAAUGUUUGCUUGCUCUUCCUCUGGCUGCAAUAUGAGCUUCACGAAUGAAGACCAGCUAACAGUUCAUAAGAAGAAACAUGAUAUGAUGUUAAACCUUGGGAGCAGUAACAAAAGUGGUGGCUUUGUUGCUGAUCAAACACCCACACCAACACGUUUUAUCAGGAAUUGUGAAGAGGUUGGUCUGUUCCAAGACUUACAGAAUGUGAAUCCCUUUGAGGAAACCUUCAGGAGAGCAGUAGAGUCAGGAAAUACUGGUACUCUUACAGUAUCAGAGGCUGGAAUUGCAGAUGAUAGUCUGCAUACACCACACAUAUUUCCUCAUAUAGCUGAUGUACUGUCUACUAGUAAUCAAAUGCUACCAGAGAACUCUGUAGAAGAAUGCGGAAGCAUCGUGAUUACCGAUAAAACUACCCAGGAUAAAACUAUUAUAGACACUGACGUCUGCACAACGGUGAAACUUACGGAAACGGAUGAACAGGGUUUGCUGAAAGAAAAAUUGACGGUCGAGCGGAAUGUGACGUUAACAGAAAAUAUCAUCGAUCCUGUUACACCUUUACUAUCGAAAGAUUCACAAGACCCGCAAUUAACGAUUAAUGGCGAGGAAGUGCAGUUGCUGUUGAAAACAGCGGGUGGAAAAUUAAUGCAAUUAUCUGCGAUCCCGGUUUGCGACCCUAUCAAUGCAGCUAAUGUACAGACGAUGAGACAGCAAACUGUUGUCAUAAAAACAGAACCUCCUGUGCAUUAUAAUACAAGGACAGAACCGAAAAAAACGGGCUCUACAUUUUCUCUAGCAAGAAUGAAAUUGAAACAAGCUUUAACUAAAGCUAGUGGCUCGCAAAAUCAGAAACCUGCUAAUACCAAUACCGACAAGAACGAAUUGACUAAUUCAAGAAAAGAGAAUAGGAAUAAGACAACGGAAGAUCCCGCAAAAAAGAAAGUUAUGUUAGAACGCAAUCGAGCUAGUUCUAUGAGGGCGAGAGCAAAAAGAAAAGCAUGGAUACAACACCUCGAAAAUACGAUCUCUAAUGCGAAUGAAACAAACGUGGCUCUACAAAUGGAAAUAAAAGUCUUACGAUCGGAGGUCGCUAAAUUGAAAACGCUACUAUUAGCCCAUAAGGACUGUCCCGUAACGAAGGCGAUGCAGAAAGGAAACAGUAUAGUGCUUGGUACUAAAAUAGUAUCCGUAAACUCAGACAAUGCAACGAGUCCGAUUCCUGCGAUGAAAAGGACAAAUUUCUCUCCUUCGGAAGUGCCAAUAAUGCCCAAGAAAAAGUCGUCCUCGGUGACCACGAAGAAUCCCAUAAUUUUUCCAAAAUUAGACAAUACAAAUCUAUCAAUUCCCAACACCACGUUGAUUAAAACUGUGCCUACGUUAAAAAUAAUGGGAGUCGGACAAUUGUUAACAGAAAAAGAAGAGGGGAAACAAAUUUUUAUUGUACAGAAUCCACCGAAGAAGAUUGACGGUUCAACCAGACAAGUGAUUCAAAUAAAUCCCAAUUACGAAAUUGAUCAGAGAGAGUUGAUAAAAAAAUAAAUGUAUUUCAAUGAUUGUAGAUAUGUGCAAAUUUUGCUCAAACAGUGUAAAAGACAAGAAUCGUACGAUGAUCGUCAAACGAUCGCAGCCAUUUAUUUUUUCUCAAACAAAAGCAUAAUCUACAUAUAUGAUUUGUUAUUGCGCGUGAUUGCAUGCGUACAGCGUAAAACAGAAAUCUCGUAUUACAAUCUUUAUUAGAAUAAAACUCCGUAUUUUUUAACAAA